UGCCCUGCGGUGUCUGCGAGGCUUCGGAGCCGGACCGCGCGCCCGCGAGCCAUGACGACCCAGGCCGUGUGCGUGCUGAAGGGCGACGGCUCGGUGAAGGGCGUCGUGCGCUUCGAGCAGAAGGGAAAAGGGCCGGUCAGCAUCACAGGCGAAAUCGAAGGACUGACCGAGGGCGAGCAUGGCUUCCACGUGCAUGAGUUUGGAGACAAUACGAGAGGCUGUGCCAGUGCAGGGCCUCAUUUUAACCCCCUGUCCAGAACCCACGGUGGGCCCAAGGAUGAAGAGAGGCACGUGGGAGACCUGGGCAACGUGACUGCGAACAAAGAAGGUAAGGUCACGCUGGCUCUCGAAGACGCGGUGAUCUCCCUCUCCGGGGACCAUUCCAUCAUUGGCCGCACGAUGGUGGUCCAUGAGAAACGAGAUGACCUGGGCAGAGGCGGAAAUGAUGAGAGCAAGAAGACGGGGAAUGCUGGGAGCCGUCUGGCUUGCGGGGUGAUUGGGUUCGCCGAGUUACAUUCCUGAGGAGGAGAUCAGAGUCCUAGUAGUAGCUCCUCUGUUACCUUGCUAGUGGUAGAAAUUUAACUUGAUAGACAUUAAACACUGUAAUCUUAAAAGUGUAAUUUGUUUCUUUUUAAAAAUUGCUUUAAGUACCUGUGAUGUGAGCUGAUUUGUAUGGCUAUAUAAAUCUCCUGUUCAAUUAAAAUGUGUUUCGGUGA